GGGCAAGAUCUGGGCCAGCUGAUCAGCGGCCCAGAAAGAAGUGCCUUUUCACAACAUGGGCAAAAGUGUUACCCUCCCUGUCAGGCCCUGGAAAAUCCGCUAAACAGGGCUGGGUACGGAGUACUUGCUUAGUACUGCAACGUCGCGGGACAAGCCGCACGCUAGACUACACGAGGGAUGCCUCCCCCCAGAAGAGUAGGCCUGAGGACCUGGAAGAGUGUUCCCCGCACAACCUUGACUUCACCGCCGCUCCGCUUCUGUCUGACCUGCAAAGCCAUCACUUUCUAAAUAAUGGCGACCCUAAGCUCCGCCCUCGACUCCUCAUGGGAGGUGACGGCAGGAGUCUCGCUCCUGCUAGGUGUUGUCGCUCACCUCACUGUCCGACCGUUUGAGAUCGAUAGCAGAGCAUGGACUCUCCUGUUUUCGUACCUCGGCGUGCUCGCCAUGUUACUCGUGAACUUUGUCAAAGCCGGCGGGUUUACCAUCUUGGAUGGCCUCCUACGCACGAUCAUGGUAGCGAAUGCAUUCAGCGUCGGCCUGGCUUGUAGCACUCUGCUCUAUCGAGCCUUCUUCCACCGGCUGCAUCGGUUUCCUGGCCCUUUCCCAGCCAAGCUCUCACGGUUCUAUGCCAUGAGCAAGGCAGCCAAGAACCUACAGGCCAAUAUCGACAUCCAGAGGCUCCACGAGAAGUACGGGGACUUUGUCCGAGUUGGACCCCGCGAGAUCUCCAUCAACCGACUGUCUGCCAUCCAUGCUAUCUACGAGCAUCCAACUCAAUGCACAAGGUCUCCAUGGUACAGCCAGGUGUCGGAUGAUGUGAGCAAGAUUUCCAUCAAUUCCACCAGGGAUGUGAAGCUUCACAAGCUCCGGAAGAGGGCCUGGGAGAGAGGGUUGGGCUUCAGAGCUCUGGCGGUAUACAAACCACGCGUGGAGGCGAAGGUGGAUCUAUUGCUAUCACAGAUCGAGGCCUGUAAAGGGAUGUCAAUUGACAUGACCAAAUAUGCCAUGUUUUUCGGCUUUGAUGUCAUGGGAGACGUGGGGUUCUCGAAGGAUUUCCACAUGCUUGAAUCCGGGCAUGAGCAUGCUGCCAUCCGCGGGCUGCAUGACAAUAUGGCGGCUGUUGGUGUGCUUGGCACAGUGCCAUGGCUAAUGUCUAUGCUGUCCAAAAUACCGGGUGCCACUGGGAGCUACUCACGCUUCACGGAUUGGUGCGGCCAGGAGCUCAAGACAAAACGUUUAGUUGUGGCAAGCGAAAAGGCAACUCUUGGGGACCAGGAGCCCCAGGAUGUCAUGUCUUGGCUCCUCAGGGCGGAAGACGAACAAGACCAAUCUGCCCCGCCGGGUGAGGGCGCCUUCCAGGAAGACUCGCGCCUCAUGAUCAUCGCUGGCAGUGAUACUACAAGCGCCGCCUUAGCAAAUAGCCUCUACUUUUUGACCAAGAAUCCCGCCUGCUACCGAAAACUCCAACAGCUAGUGCAAGCAGAAUUCCCGGGAGGAGAGAAGGACUGGGCCUAUGAGAAGGUCAAAACCAUCGCGUAUCUGGACUACAUCAUCCAGGAGACCCUUCGAUUGAAGCCGUCUGUUCCAGCAGGGUUAUCUCGGUUGACGCCUCCGACAGGAUUACAAAUAGACGGGGUUUUCGUUCCCGGUGACACGAUUGUCUCGGUUCCGGCAUACACAGUCCACAGAGACCCGCGCUACUGGGAUAAUGCGACCGAGUUCAUGCCAGAGAGGUGGGAGCGAGUGUCACCAGAGAAGGCACCCUGGAUACCUUUCACCCGAGGCCAGUUCAGCUGCCCUGGUAGGAACCUGGCCAUCAUGGAGCUCCGGAUGGUUCUCAGCCGUAUUGCACUCCGGUACACCAUCUCUUUUCCUCCUGGAUAUGACGGAGAGAUGUUUGACAAGGAGGCCAAGGAUACGUUCACACUUAGCUUGCCUCCAUUGCACUUGAACUUCACAUUAAAUUAGCAAUCCAACGUGUUACGCCCCCUGGGAGUCGUCACGCUCUUGGAAGUCCAGCUCAGAGAUGCCAAACAAUAUGUCCAGUUGACGUAUCAUCAUUUGUCCGAUAUUGCCGAG